AUGGAGCAGAUGAACUCUCCACAGUGCCACGCACACACGGGCGAGAAGCCAUUCAAGUGCUCUGUGUGUGGGAAUGCAUUUGCACAGAAAUCAAAUCUUAACACUCACAAGAAAACACACACGGGCGAGAAGGCAUUCAAGUGCUCUGUGUGUGGGAAGGCAUUUGCACAGAAAUCAAAUCUUAACACUCACAAGAAAAUACACACGGGCGAGAAGCCAUUCAAGUGCUCUGUGUGUGGGAAGGCAUUUGCACAGAAAUCAAAUAUUAACACUCACAAGAAAACACACACUGGUGAUAAACCAUUCAAGUGCUCUGUCUGUGGGAAGGCAUUUGCAUAGAAAUCAAAUCUUAACACUCACAAGAAAACACACACGGGCGAGAAGACAUUCAAGUGCUCCUUGUGUGGGAAGGCAUUUGCACAGAAAUCAAAUCUUAACAGACACCAUAAAACACACACGGGUGAGAAGCCAUUCAAUUGUUCUGUGUGUGUGAAGGCAUUUUCACGGAAAUCAACUCUUAGCAGACACCAGAAAACACACACAGGCGAGAAGCCGUUCAAUUGCUCUGUGUGUGGGAAGGAAUUUUCACAGAAAUCACAUCUUCAGAGUCACCAGAAAACUCACACAGGCGAGAAGCCGUUCAAUUGCUCUGUGUGUGGGAAGGCAUUUGCACAGAAAUCACAUCUUCAGAGUCAUCAGAAAACACACACUGGCGAGAAGCCAUUCAAGUGUUCUGUGUGUGGGAAGGCAUUUGCACGGAAAACAAUUCUUCACAGUCACCAGAAAACUCACACGGGCGAGAAGCCAUUCACUUGCUCUGCGUGUGGGAAGGCAUUUGCAUGGAAAUCAAAUCUUCACAGUCACCAGAAAAUUCACACGGGAUGGCUGGAUGUAGUGGAGGUAAUGAGUCCUGGCAACAAUUACUCUUUCGACCUCAUGCAGGUGGAUGCUGAGAAAUCGCUGCUGGAGUGGCUGGAGGGUCAAAGUUUUGAGGACUUCUGUUAACUCUUGAAGUCCUGGAAUGUGCAUGUUUGUGUCUCUGUUA